CCGACACCACAAACACCAACCGGUAAACAAAACCAAUGUCAUCGGAAGAGAUUGAGCGAGUGCGCGCUGAGGCUCGCGCUGCCGAGGCUGCGCUGCUGAAGGCCAUGUCUGAAGGCGGCGGCAUGUCGUUUGGCUUCAAUUCUCCUGCCGCGCGUGCCACGGUCGCCCCGGCUGCUGCGAGCAAGGCGACGACGAGCGAGGUUGACAACGGAUCGACUUUCUACAACUCGCCCAAGCUGAGCUUUGUGGGCGGUCCUCCUCCCUCUGCUGCUGCUGCUGCUGCUGCUGCUUCGUCUGACGGCGCUGCUUCGGAUGGUCGCAAGUCGCUCUCAAAGUCGGGUAUUCUGAUGCUCGACAGCGAUGACGAAGACGAAGACGAAGACGAAGACGAGGAGGAAGACGAAGAAGAAGGCGAGGAGAAAGCCGAGGACGACAAAGACCAGGGCAAGGAAGACGACCAAACGGAUGACGACGACGACGACGAGGCCAGCACGACCAAGGACGAAGCGCCCGCGAGUCAGACCAAGAAGAAGCAGGAAGCCGAGAACGACGAUGCUGAUGAACCUGCUGCUGCUGCUGCUGCUGCUGAGGCGGAUCAGGAAGAGGAUGAUGGCGCUCGAAACACCACCGUCAUGGCGGACCAGCUCGAGGACUUGUACACACAGUUUGCAUCGCGCACGCAGUACCGCCUGGCGCAGAACGCGGUCGUGUCGCACAGCAUCCGCGACGUUGCGCUCAACCACUCGGUGGUGCAGGCGAACGACUUUGCCUUCUCGGUCAACGUCCACGUCUCGGCAGGCGUGACCCACCAGCAUGCCUCGGGUCGCUGCUGGCUGUUUGCCGCGCUGAACAUGCUCCGGCUUGGCACCAUCAAGAAGCUGGGGGUGAGCGACUUUGAGUUUAGCCAAAACCACCUCUUCUUCUGGGACAAGUUUGAGCGCUCAAACUACUUCCUCGAGGCCAUCAUCAACACUGCCAAGCUCCCUGUCACUGACCGCGAGGUUGCAUUCCUGCUCGACCAGCCCCUUUCCGACGGCGGCCAGUGGAACAUGGUUGCCGCCUUGAUCAAAAAGCACGGCCUCGUGCCAAAGAGCGCCAUGCCCGAGACGUACAGCUCGAAGCACUCUCGCGACAUGAACUCGCAUCUGAACGCUCGUCUUCGUGAAGGCGCCAAGGUGCUCCGCUCGCUAAUCAUCCGCGGUAGCGACGAAGAGGAGCUGCAAGACGCCAAACACGAGAUUCUCUCCACCAUUUGGCGCAUGUUGAACAUUCACCUCGGCACACCUCCCAAGAAGAUUGACUGGCAAUGGCAGGACAAGGAGCACAAGUUCCACAAGGAUGGUGUGCUCACUCCAGUCGAGUUUGGACACAAGUAUGCGGGCGCCGACCCGCAAGACUAUGUCUGUCUUGUGCACGACCCGCGCAAGACAUCGCCCGUCAAUCGCACGUACACUGUCAAGCACCUCGGCAAUGUGCUUGGCGAGCCACCGGUCAAGUACCUCAAUGUCGACAUUUCCGUCAUCAAGGACUGCGCUCGCAAGGCCCUGGAGGCUGGGGAGCCCGUGUGGUUUGGCUGCGACUUUGGCAAAAUGGUCAAGCGUGACCUUGGCCUGUGCGACAAGAACUUGUUCGAUCUUGAUGGCGUUUAUGACACCAAGUUUACGCUGUCCAAGGAGGACCGGCUCGUCUACCACGAAUCCAAGAUGACCCAUGCCAUGGCCUUCACCGGAGUUGAUAUUGCAGAUGGCAAGACUCGCAAAUGGAAGGUCGAGAACAGCUGGGGCUCGUCGGACGUUGGAAACAAGGGCUACUGGGCCAUGACCGACAGCUGGUUUGACGAGCACGUGUUUGAGAUUGCUGCGCGCAAGUCCUUCCUCAGCAAGGAGCUUCAAGCUGCGCUGGCCACCGAGCCCAUCGUCCUGCCGCCCUGGGAUCCCAUGGGUGCCCUGGCCACCGAUGAGGCGAUGCUCUAACUUGCCACGUUUAGCUAAUUAUUUUUUUUUUGCUUUGCUGUUUUAAGUUUUUCCAUCCCUUGUGCGCAAGAGAUCUGGAAUCGGCUCACAAUCACCCGUCUCUUGCCUAUCGAGGCCAGCUGGAUUGGUGGUUUGUUUUUGUUUUUUGAUGUUGCGCUAGAUCUAACUGUUUGUUUUUUCGCUUGAAAUUUAUUUUUCUCAAAUUCGAUCAGUGUUUCUCAGGUGUGAUUUGCAGAGAGAGAUGCGCUGUACACUAUUCACAAAUUGAAUUGAAACUAGA